CACCAUAAUCCACGUGUCUUAGGUCUAUGUUAUGAUACGUGUUUCACUUUCAUCGUGAACCCUCAGGCAGGACACGAAACUCUCGUGACAACAAAGUCGUGGGUAUUUGAGGCACAGCGCGCAAACUCCACGAAACCGGAAUGAUUUCUUCGUCAAGCAGAUUCAUUCCGAACUGGCAGGACACGUCCAGCCGUUGGUUGACAUAAAACAACCCGAACCAGCCCGACCAGGCUCAGUUGUCGGUCAACUUGUACACGUGCACCAUCUCCCGGGGGAAACCCUCGCGACACGUUUCGGAGACAGUUAUCAUCAUUGGGGAGGAGGCAAUCCCCGCCACUGCAUGGGUUGAACUUAAUCACUGAAUUGUGUGUAUCCUGCUUGUGAGCAGGGAAAAUCGUGGUGCGUGCGGAAAGGGGGUGUGCGUGUGAAGAAAGGCAACCGCUCGCGCUCCAUCGCGGAUAUUGGUUGCGUUGAGUCAGUGCGGGGACACCACACAGGGGUGGGUGGAAGUGGUUGGGGACAGACGCGUUCCGUCGUUGUUUGAGUGGCUGAUUCAGAAGAAAAUCGUCUUAUUGUGCGGUGGAUGGCGUGGAGGCGGUUCGUGGAGGUUGGGACGUGUUGUGUGGCGAAGAAAAGUUUAGCCCAAAUUUGAUUUUUCGCUCUUUGCCGUGUGUUCGGAGUAAAGAACUUGUGUGUAUAAUAUAUCAAGAAGUAAAUUAUCAUAUCAGUAUAAUUAGUGAAUUAACGUGUGCGUCAAGCUGUGAGUCCGAAAGAAUUGCCCCACAAGGAAUUGAAUUUCGGUGAAGGUGGAACAACUUUGCUGCUAAAUGGAAUAGAUUGGUCCCGUACGCAGUGGGGAUUUGGGUACGACCGAAAUACAAAUUGGGAGUUUAGCGAAAGUGUCGGAACAGCAAUACCCGGACCUCGCCUCUCGUUGUUGGUUGGUAUGCAGCAUUCGUACGCACGGUUGAAUACCUGGCUUGCGAAAGGGUCCUCCCAUUCAUAUUGGCAACCGGUGAACGAGAAGCUGUGCUGUGACAACGGCAAGGACACGAUAGCGACCGGCGACAGCAACACAAAAGGCGAUCCCCUGUCGACGGAGCAAUUCAAGUUAAAUUUGGUGUGAAGAAGGUACAGGACCCAAGUGUGCCGUCGUCACGGUCCAACAUUUCGCUGAGUAAAACAACAAACAAAAUUCAACCGUACGGAAAAUCUAACCGAUCUGCUCCUGCCCACCCCCGCCCGGUGGUACAUAGUUCAGUGAGCAAAAGCUGCGAGUUCCCAUACCCAAGUGUCGAGGGGCUCCGUAUUUCUACAUAUCUACUGCUCGCCGCGCUGGUGCUGCUGCCCGAUGCAAAGUGAAACCCAAUAAGGUGAAAUCAAACAAAUAGAGAGUGGAGAGGAAUAAAAGGUUCCGGUCGUUCCCGGGAACCGAGUAGACCGAGGCGGCGGCGGCGGUGAAGGGAAUAGUGAUUGAAGGGGUCUCCAAAAUGAAGAAAAAUGGGGAAAUUUGGGGAUUCAAGUGAAGCCGAUCCUUCCGGGCUUGGAUUGUUCCCUGUUGUAGUGAAGGAGUGAGUCGGAACUGGGAAGGACUACGCAGAUUGAAUCGAAGUCACAGUUGGAUUUUCUUUAAAGCAGGAUUCCCGGUUCGUUAUCGUUGUGCACACAUCAUGGAAACGCUCUACACCGGACACAUCCACGGUUUUCCACCGGCGGCCAACGUGUCGUACGGAUCGCUGAGCACGACCUGGGGCUCCCAGGGUGGGCUGAUUGCGCUGGGGGUCGUCCUGGGGAGCUCCGUUAGCUUGGUGGGGCUGGCGUUUGCCUUCAUUACGUACAGCUUGUUUUCCGACCUGAAGUCGCUGGCAGGCACGGCCCUUCUCAGCCUGCUCGCAUCGCUCUUCAUGAGCCAGCUGCUGUUCGUGAUCGGCGUGGGUGGCGUUCAGGACACCGAACUUUGCCUUUCGCUGUCGUUGGCUUUGCUAUUUAUGAAACUGGCUUCGAUGUGCUGGCUGUGCUGCUGCUGUCACCAUGCGUUGGUGCUGUUUCGAUCCAGCACCAAUCUGAACCCCAAUCCGGAGCCCAGCAUGGGACGAGCGUUGGCCCAUUACAGCCUUUUAUCGUGGGGCUUUCCGCUGCUAAUGCUGGGUGUGGCGGCCGCCUUCAAGUACAAGGAACGGGACGUGAAAAUCACCGGGGCACAAGUCAUCGCACAGAUCGUGCACGACCUGAACGGCGAUAGUCACUGUUGGCUGAUGGAGGGUUCGGCGUACAUCUGGGGCUUUCUGGUGCCGGCGGUGGUGUUGCUUUUCGCCGGAUUCUACCUGGCGUGCCAGGGCGGCGGUGCGGUCAAGAUUGCCGCAGCCCUGCAGAUUGACAGCCGGGCCAAAAACAAACUGGUCAAGAAGCGGGGCCUCCAGAUCGGGCUGUUUUUUAAGAUUCUAAUCGUAUUGUCCACGGUGGUCUUUCUGGGAGCGAUCGCCUCGAUUUGGAAUGUUGUCGAACUUUGGUCCAUCUACAGCAUCGCACAGGGCAUCCAGGGCCUGGUGAUAGCAAUGCUGGUGUCGUGCAACUGCAAGAUCCUCAAACUGUACUCGGCCCCGCGCAGUCAAAAGUCCCGCCGGGGCACCUAUCGCAGCCUCAAGGACGGCGAAGGGGGCCGCUACGGGGUCCUCUCGGUGACCAAUCCGAACUACGAGGACAUUCCCCCGCUGCAGCAUGCCUUCGCGCCGGUUCCGGAACCGGCGGAGGAAUCGCCCUCGCCGGCGCACAGCUACGUCAAGAUGGCCUACCGGGAGCGUCACUUCGUCGAGCGGACCGACGUGGUCGUGCCCUCGGCCCUGGACUGUGCCUUCAGCGGGGAACUGUCCACCUCGUUGGCGAUCGAGGAAAUCCCGCGCAGCCCACUGCCGGCCUCGGUGUGAAACCCGCCUUAGCGGAUGUGUGUACAAUUUCGUGUUCGACACCGAGGGGGAGGGGCUUAGUGACAAUAAACGUGCAGUGGCGCCUGGCCAAUCGGAGAAGGAACGAUGACGAUGCCCUGCGAGUGGAUGAACUACUACUACUACUAACACUAACAACUAAAUAUAUCAUUCAGAGUGUAGCGUGCAUAUCUAGAUCAUAUCAGAGAUGAAAUAUCAGCUAUAUAUUGUAUAUCAAGAUGGGGUAAUGUAUUUUUGACGCACUGGCACGGAAUGCUGUACAUACUGGAAAAGAAAAGUUUAGAUAACUUGUAUCUAUGAGAGAAACUUUCAGGACAGUAAAUUGGGUCCGAUUGUUGAGCAUUUAUUGAGACGUCAGUAGAGUACUACACAAAGAAUAUAUAAAAUGGUGCAAAAAGCUAUAACAA